AUUUCGUUUUAAACCUUUUUCCAUUCAAACAAACGCGACCUAAGUCUUCUCUUUCUCCAUGAUUCCUCUGAAAACUUAUCAACAUUCUUCCUUCUUCCCCAUUUCCAAAGCUAACCCUCUUCACAUCUCUCUCCAACCCCAUUUUCUCUCUCUUCCAUUUUCCUCCAAACCUUCAUUCUCUCUGCUCUCUCUUUCUUUGCCCACCUCUUCUAAUCUUCUCAGGGUUUCAAAAUUUGGAGUGCCAGUUUGCAGCAGUGAAAAUGAAGAAGAAGAAGAAGAACACAAGGAAAGUUCACCAGAGCUUCAGGACUUAUCAACAAACGGCCCAGUGUACCAGAAAACACUGCAAUUGGUUGAGUGCUCCAUGUUUGCUGCACUCACUGGUUUGGUCUACUUCUUGAGCAAUUCUCUUGCCAUUGAGAAUUACUUUAGUUGUUUCUUCUCGUUGCCAAUAGUGAUAUCCUCAAUGAGAUGGGGUGUUGAUGCUGGAAGGAAAACCCUGGUGGCAACAACUAUACUUUUGUUUGUCUUGUCUGGUCCAGUUAAAGCCCUAACCUAUCUGCUUAAGCAUGGUAUAGUCGGUUUCACAAUGGGUACUUUGUGGAGGUCGGGAGCGAGUUGGAACUUGUCAAUUUUCUUGUGCACAAUUGUACGAUCACUGGGUGCCGUUGGCUUUGUCUUGAUUUCAUCUUUCUUGAUAAGGGAAAAUAUACUAGCUUUGAUCACAAUUAACAUUCACGCCUCUCUUACAUUAGUGCUCACUGCCUCUGGUGUGAAUUCUAUUCCUUCAAUGAACGUGAUAUAUACCCUAUUUGGCAUUUUGGUUUUGCUCAAUUCUGGUUGUUUCAUGUUCUUGCUCCACCUUCUGUAUUCCGUUUUCCUUACUAGAAUGGGGAUGAAGUCUUCUCUAAGAUUACCAAGAUGGCUGGAGAGGGCCAUAUGAUAUGAUGCCAUAUGUAUAUGUAUUCAAGGUGUUACAAAAUUUUCAAUUGGAACCUUAUUCUUUUUCAAAUGAGGUUUGAGAAGGGAUAGCUGGCUGAGGUUGUAUAUUUUCUACAAUGGCAUAAUAAUUCAACAUACUACAUAGAUAAAAAGGACGAAUACUAACAGAAGAGUUGCUGGGCUUAAUCUCUUCCACUGUCGUG